AAAUAAAAAAAUUGACACUUCUGGACCCGUUUAAAUUCACAUGUGUACAGUAAGUUGGCCCGUUCCACAGAGGAAAGAGAAAAAAUUGACACUCCCUAUUCUACCCUUCCUACAAACGCUCCUGGAGCAGGGAAUUUGAAAUGGGGGAAGGGUUUUUUCCUCCUUGCUAUUAUAUGUUUUUUAUUUAAAAAAAUACAACAAAUGUACUUAGGGGUCGUUUGGAAGUUGCGAUUGUUAGUGUUGUAUUUGUUAAAUACAUGUAUUGUCCACAAUACAACAUUUGGAAGUGUCAAGUUGCAGAACAAUGCAUGUAUUGUUUUGUGUGGGUCCCACCAACAAUCAACAAAAAUGAGGGAUUGUACAAUCUCAACUAAAAGUUGAGAUUGUUGUGAUUGUUGGUUUAAUAAUUGAGCACCUUUACUUUUUCCAAUUAUGUCCAUAGUUCUUUUUGUUUUAUAUUAAAAGUGGAGGACAAAUAUGACAUUUCCUUAUAAAGUAACUUUAUAACAAUCAAUUCAUAAAUUAUAAUCCCAACAACCAAACAAUGUAAUUUCAAAAUACAUCUAUUGUAUCAAUGCAUGCAUUUAUAUCAUAGUGAUUCAUAACAAUACAAAGAUUUAACAUACGCAACUUCCAAACGACCCCUUAGUAUGAUUGGUUAUGAUUCUUGCUUUUCUUUAAAAUGGACAUGGUUCGAAUCCCAAUACGUGUCUUUUUAAUGAAUAAAAAAAAGUAAUGUCUUUUUAAUGAAUAAAAAAAAGUAAUUGUGAAGACCAAAAUGUCCUUCCUACUUUCACUCUCAUUGCAGGAAAUUUGAAAUGGGGCUCCCGUUUUUUCCUUCGGUGUAUUAUAUUAUGUGUAGAUUGGAUUAAGAUUAUUAACCCAUACACGUUUGACUGAGUGACUGACUGAUGGAGAUUUGCCUCGCUAGGACCCACCACAAACAAACCUGAUCUGUAUCCGCCGUGGCAGAUAACAUCAUAUUUACGGUUACAAUCUGACGGAUUAAACUUCCCCACACGCAACUAGCAAAGCCAGCCACAAUCACGUGCCUCUCUGCCUAGUACAAGUUUCCGUUUACCCACCGCCCCAAAAAAUUACCGCGUAAAAUCAAACGCCGGUUAUCUAUCAGACGAGCUAUACAUAUGACGUGGCCCAUAUCCAUGGCGAGCUCAUACCAUAUAGUGUAAAUAUCGCCACAGGGAACCGCUCCCCUCCCACGGAGUAAAAUCCGGGGACGGAAUCUCUAAACAUUUAAGCCACAGAUGAUGUUACAACAUGUCAACAACUCACGACGACGUGGCGUGUCGUCAUUGGCUCUGACCAGACAAACACCGAAACAAAAUAAGAAAAGAAAACGUCUCUCUCGCUGGCGGAUUCUUGACCCGAACCGAACGGUGACGGUGCAGCUGACUUGAAUAAAUUCAGUCAUUUCACAGUCUGUCACCUUCAGAACUCGUACUCUUGAUCCAGAUAUAUAUAUAUAUAUCUCCCUUUUUCCGAGCAAGACAGAAUAUAAAUUCUCUGUCUCUGCAGAGAUACAAUCCGACUGGUAAUUGCUUUCACUCAAUUUUUUUUUUGAAAACGCUUCUAAGGAGUUUCUGUUUUUUGUUUUAAGAUUCAGAUCGGGUGUGGGUUGUCGUUGGUUUGAAGCUUUCGCUUCGGUUGAGGAUGCUUUCCUUGUUUUUGAAGGUUUGUUUGUCAAUGAUGUUUGUUGCUGCUCUGUUUUCCAUCAACCGAGUUUGGUGGAGUUGUUAGUGUGGUUGAUUAGUUUUUGCUUUUUUUGGUGAUUAUUAUAGUAGAGUCUAAUUCAUUGCAGAUUUGAAUUUGGUCUUAUAUAAAGCUGCCAUCUUUCUGUGUCAUUGCAUCUCACAGCCGAAGUUUUUAUUGAUUCUUCAGAUAGUUUUCUGAUCUGGGUUUUGAAUUUCUUAGGUUCGUUUUCUGCAUUUGAUGGUUGCUUGAUUUGGGUCAUUUUAGUGGAGAAAUGUCGUGGGGGCUGACGGUUGAAUUUGGUAAUGUGUUUUGCUUAGGGUAUCAGAAAAUUUUGACUUGCAAAGAAUGGCUCAGUCCAAUGGAGAUCACAGCUCUGCAGCUAAGCCACCACCAACUCCUUCUCCCUUGAGAUUCUCCAAGUUCUUUCAGUCCAACAUGAGGAUUUUGGUUACUGGAGGAGCCGGGUUCAUUGGCUCCCACCUUGUUGACAAGUUGAUGGAGAACGAAAAGAAUGAGGUGAUUGUUGCUGACAAUUACUUCACCGGCUCAAAGGACAACCUUAAAAAGUGGAUUGGUCAUCCGAGAUUUGAGCUAAUCCGUCACGAUGUCACUGAACCUUUACUGGUUGAAGUUGAUCAAAUAUACCACCUUGCCUGCCCAGCUUCUCCCAUUUUCUACAAGUACAACCCUGUAAAGACCAUUAAGACAAAUGUGAUUGGUACAUUGAACAUGUUGGGGCUUGCCAAGAGAGUUGGAGCUAGGAUUCUGUUGACUUCAACUUCUGAGGUUUACGGUGAUCCCCUUAUUCAUCCUCAAGAAGAGAGCUACUGGGGAAAUGUCAACCCCAUUGGAGUCAGGAGUUGCUAUGAUGAGGGCAAGCGAGUAGCAGAAACUUUGAUGUUCGACUAUCACAGGCAGCACGGCAUUGAGAUCAGAAUUGCCAGAAUUUUUAACACUUAUGGACCUCGUAUGAACAUUGAUGAUGGUCGUGUUGUCAGCAACUUCAUUGCCCAGGCUCUUCGCAACGAGCCCUUGACUGUUCAAGCACCCGGAACACAAACCAGAAGCUUCUGUUAUGUCUCCGACAUGGUUGAUGGUCUUAUUAAGCUAAUGGAGGGAGAAAACACUGGACCAAUCAACAUUGGAAACCCAGGUGAAUUCACCAUGAUUGAGCUUGCUGAGAAUGUCAAGGAGCUCAUCAAUCCUAAGGUGGAGAUAAAAAUGGUGGAGAACACGCCUGACGAUCCUCGCCAGAGGAAGCCGGACAUCUCAAAAGCUAGGGAAUUGCUGAAAUGGGAGCCCAAGAUCAAGCUGAAGGACGGGCUUCCACUAAUGGAGGAAGAUUUCAGGUUGAGACUUGGUGUCCCCAGAAACAACUGAUUGAGAGAACCAAACGAGGCUUAUGCCUGCUUGCUGCGUUGGAUGGAACUUCGUUUUCCUUUUCUUCUUUCAUUUCAAUAUAUAUUACAUGUUACUAUGAUUUGUUCAAAGCUAUAGUAGUUCAUACCGUGCUGCAAGUGUCUUUUGAUGCUUUUGUUUAAUCUCUGUAUGGUAUUAUCAUAAGUUGAUCAUAAAUCGAAAAUUAUUGAGUUCCCCUUGUCUCUACUGCUUGUUCUUGUAUUGUUAUUAGUAACGAAAGGGUAAUAGCACUUUUAAACUUAGGUGCUCUCGAGGAAAUGGUUGGUGUCCUUGCCAUCUCUUUGAUAGAGGCUUCAUGGAUUCCAUAUCCAUACUCUGCUUAUUGCAUAAUCAAAGAUAACGAUCAAAUCAGAAAGCAAAGGCCUUUAAAUGGAUUUUGAUUGACACAAAAAGGCGCAUUUCGAUUGAUUAUCAGAUUCAAUGUCUUUACUUUAUAGCGAAAUUUUUUCACACCAAAAGAUUAUUUGUAUUACCCAGAAAAUAGAAGAUAAAAAAAGUUACAUGACUGAAAAUAACUAAGAACAUAAAUUACACUCUAUACAAAAAUACAAUAAAAGACUUAUUUUUUACUUGAGCAAUUAUAUUAGUACUAAGAGUCUAUGACCGAAAAAAAGGUUAAUACUUAAUAUCUUAUUUUGGCCCGAACUACGAUUAUAUAAUCAACUUUGGCCCGUGGUUUCAGAAAUUAACAUCCUGGCCUCAAUUAUGGAGCAUAUAGACUCAAUUAGCCUGACACAUGGUUUGAGCGUCAAUUUGAAUGGUCAACACUGUUGACCGUCAGUAAACACGCCAUGUCAUUGCGUUGGCAGCCUAAAAAUUAUUUAAAAAAUCAAAUUUAAAUUAUUUUCCUAAUUUCUAUUAUUUAUUAUUUUCAAAUUAACCAAAAAAUAAAAUUUUAAAAAUAUAAAUAAUAUUUAUAUUUUAUUUUUUUGGGAUAUUUUAAAAUUAUAAAUUUUAUAAAUUAAC